AUGCCUGAGAAGAAGGGCUUUAUUCACUUCGGUGGGGGCUGUACGCGGGCGCGGGUGGAUCCACAGCGGCGGGUCGGCCUUGCCAACGCCGUGGCCAGUGGGCUUGAUUUAUCGCUCGUCGGUGUUAUCGGCGAGGGCGAGCUCACGGCAAUCCGCCGGCUUGCCGACGAGGAGGUGAUGAAGGAAAAAAUGGAAAUCGAAAGAGCUGCUCGGGAGGCCACUCGGCGGGCCGCGAGUUCGGCCAAAAGAGCUGGCUGGCCGGACACUCUUGAGGCCCGCCGCGCGAAUUUUUUAAAAGAGCAGGAGCGCAAAGCCGAUGAGGCAGCGGAGCGAAAAAGGGUCCUCGACGAGCUAUAUAUUCUCCAGAUGGAGGCCCAGCGGCAGGAAAGCAUCGCAAGGUUGGUAAUGAAGAACCGCAGUGAGGACCCCCGCGGGCGGAAUGUGAAAAGUAUGAAGAUGCUCCACGAGGCGAUGAAAGGGCGAGAGGAGCAGAUCGCAUUUAAAAAACUAGCCAACGACGAAGAGCGGGAUGCCUCUCGCAAGGAGGCCCUCGAACUUCAGCAAAAACUCUGGGGAGACGCUGCCGAGGCUACGCAUCUCAAGCUCGUCACGCGACAGCGAAACAUGGAGGAGAAGCUCGCGAAUAUGGAAAAGGUCGCUGAGCAAAUUACUCAGCGUCGGCAGCAGCGUAAGGACGAAAAGAACGAACGUCAGAAUAUCGAAAAGGAAGCCGCAGAGGAGCGCGAGGAAAAUGAGAUGGAAGAGGCGGUGAAGCUCGCGAAAAUGGAUGAAGUCAAUACAUUUAACGCGAAGCACGCGAAACCGUAUCUAACGCCGACCCUACGAUAUCGGCAACUUAUCGCAGAUAGAGAACAAAACGGAGGAGGAGGAGUAGAGUUGAUAAGCGAUAAACGGAAAAAUGAAACUUUGGCGCGAGAAAGGGCAAAACGAGAAGCGUUUGAAAAGCGAAAGGAAAUUGGCUUAACGAAAUACGCUGAAAUUAACGCGAAGCCUAACCCUACGCACCGCACUCAAGACGUCUUUGAGGAGAAAUUUCCGAGCUUUUUAAAUCAAAUGGAAUCCAACGAGGACACUAGACUCCGCGAGAAGAAAGAGGUCCGCCAGAAACUGCAAAAAGAAUCUGAGGAGGUCAAAGAAUUGAAUAAAAAUCUAGGUUCUCUAAAGAAGAUGCGUCAACAUCGUUUGAUGACUUCUGAACAUCCUAAGGCAGAGAUUACCCCAUAUGACUUUUUCAGUAAAGAAGAGGAAAAGGCGUAUUCCGCGGAAAGGCUGCGCCAAGCGGAGAAAUUUCGCAUGGAGGAGGCUGAGGAAAAAGCCGCCUUACAGGCCUCUGUCGAAGCUUUGAAGGCUGCUCAGAAACAACAGGCGGACGAACGAUCGCGAAAAGCACGUGAAGAAAAAGAAAUGGAGCGGUUAAACGUGAAGAGAGAGAUAGAGGAGAUGGCGGCGGAUGAUGCCAAAUAUAUAGAGUAUAUUCGCUCGCAAAUCCCGUCCAAUAUGCACCCCGCGCUCGUUGGAAAAGCUACUCGGAUGAAAUAA